AUGGACGAGGCGCGGUCCCAAGCUGAACACGGGCAUCUACCAACUCCGGCAGAUGACGAGCACCACCACACUCCGCGAACCCCCCGAAGUCCCUCCGCUCCGGCAGAGUCGGCACUAGUUGCGGAGUAUCAAGAGUGGCCCUUCCAAGGUUUCCUCAAACGCACCAAGAUCGGGAAUGAGACAACGUAUAAUCUCGAGUUCCAGUUGCUACACAUGCCGGAGCACCUCCACCUCCCCGUCCUUUCCGAAGCGUUGGGCAUGCGCUCCAAUAAAGAGAUGUCCGCAGAGGCUGCAACCCUUCACGACGUUAGCGCACAUUCCAAGAUGCAUUCCGCAGCGGUGCGGCCUCGGAUUAAGCGUGUUCGAUGGACACCUGAAGAGGAUGCGACAAUACUCAAGAUGAGGGAGGUGGAUGGCUGCUCGUAG